CAUUCGGUUAAAUUGAUGUCAAAAUUUUUGUGCUAAAUUUUUUGUAUAAAAUGUAACAAAAUUCUUAAAAAAAAAUGGAAACAGUUGAAAUAGAUGCCGCUGGUCAAGCCACAACCGUAGUCGAAGAUCACGACUCGCUGCAAUCUAAAGCGGAAAUUUCAAACAAUGUGUCCUUACGAAGCUCUACGGAGGAAGAAGACAAACGCCUUAAAAUCUGUCCAUUUGGACCGAUCUCCUCUCAAUCGACGAUCGUUGAUGAUUCGGAAGAAUUUCCGGAACCAGAAGAUCCGUUGCGAAAACUCGACGAUUAUGUAGAACCGAGAAAGGAAUCCUUUCUGGAACAGUACAAACGUCAGUGUCAAAUUUAUGGCGUGACUCCGAUCGGCGUUGUCUGUGAGGUUUUGAGUGUGAUUGAACAGGAUCCGAGUACGCCUGUUGAAGUGGAUCUGAACCGUUACGGUAGCAGUAAUUUACAGGUUCAAAUAGCCCUCGACGUAUUGGCUAGUGCUUGCCCAAAUGUACUGGAAUACCUAAACCUUAGCUUCAACCUCCUGAUGAGCGAAACCGUUGCAUGCGCUUUGUCCAAUAUGCUACAGGUUGCUCAGAAAAUCACCAUAUUGGAUUUGUCUCACUCCACAUUGAAUGAUCAAGCGGUGAGCCAGAUUGCCGAAGCCAUCUCAACUUCUAACAUUCAAAAGAUGGUGCUCAAAAAUUGCUACAUUAGUGAUUCAGCUGGGGCAGAACUGUUCCGAAAACUGAUUUCUUGUGAAGGUCUUGAAGAAUUGGACCUGAGCUGGAACCGACUGGAAUAUCAAACAGGAUCUUCAGCAGCCCUUUUUCUAGCAGAAAACAAGAUCCUAAAAGAACUCAACUUGGAAGGCAAUUUUCUAUAUUUGGGAAAAGAAUGUAUUGUUCCAUUUUUGCGAGAGCUUUCCAAAAACGAAACACUGAAAAAGUUGAAUUUGGCUUGGAAUGCGCUAGGUGGUGAAUUGUUCUCGCAAUGGCUACCCAAAGCUGUUUUAAAUAGUCAUGUGGAAGUUCUUAAUCUGCAAAUGAAUUACGGAAAAUAA